UGAACAAGAAUUGGAAACGCCGCCGGUGCACAGCAGAGGAUCCUUCUCCCUCUUCUGAUCUUCUCAGUUCUCAAUGGCCUAAGUUCAUCAAUUGAAUCGAAGCGGUGGUGCCCAGUUUAGAGUUUUAGAACUCGCAGAAUCAGAAAAUGGGAUGGUCGUACCCUGAAAUAGCAAUUGAAGAUUUAAUGAAGUUGAUCAAAAACUACAUUGAUAUGUUGAUUCUGGCGUCUGGGUAUCAAUCCACCGGCCGUCUCGCGAAUUGGGACUCCAACAACAUCAACAGAUCAUUCCAAUGGGCGCUCUUUCUGGAGAAUGUGAUGAAGGCUCUACUCAGUUCAGCUGAUUAUGAAGAAUCUGUUGAAGAGCUUGAUGCUCUUUUACAUGAGUUAACGUUGGAUCCUAAUUUUCCUCAGGGUCUCGCUCAUUUGUCAUGUGCAAUACUGGUUAGAGCCAAGGAUCUUAUGUUAGACCAUCUAAUUCAUACCUUUCCCCUGAGGGAGUCUCAUUUAAAAGCUAUAACUACAGCAUCUGUUGAGAUGGACAUUAGCAAUCUCAAGAGCAGAGAAAGCAAUGGCCUUGAUGUUUAUCUUGAAAAAUUAAUGCUGCUUCCCUCAAAUGGACCCAACUUAGAUGAGAGAAUAAAUUUUGAAGAUCAUGACAGUUGGGGGGAUGGUGAUUUUAGUGUGGCCGCUAUCCAGAAACUUGGGAUAAGGCAAUCUGCAGUAUCAUGCUCAACUGUAGCCGAGGCUGGGUUAGAAAAUAUCUGGAAAACUCUAAGAACAAAAAUGCAUGAUGAGCUUGCGAGUACGUCAAACUCAGAGCCGCUGAAGCAAUCCACAAUAGGCGAAGAGCUGCCACUUGAAUCAGAUUACUGGAAUUGCUGGAGGGCAAGAAGCCUGUCAUAUAUGCUUGAUAAGCGGACCAUAAGGAUGAUUUCUGGUGCCAGUGUGAUUUUUUCUGCACCAGAAGGCCAAUGGACUCAAGUGUUAGAACGAUUAAAUCUCCCAGCUCAGAAUGAUGAUAUCAGUGAAAUGAUAGAGCUCUUGUUGCUAGGAUGUGUAGUGAAUAAAUGGAGCGCUCUACUUGAGCAUCUUAUGUCUGUUUCAUAUGAGUUCCCUGCCAUAUCAAAGCUCUAUCACGAAGUGAUCAGCUUACCACCAGGAAAGUCUCAGAACUUUUUUCUGAAUGAGGGCCUGAUGAAUUCUAAGGAAAAAAGUGUUGUGGACUACUUAGAAGUUUUAAUAAGCAGUAAAGUCAAUCAAUUGUGGCAACUACCCCCAGUCCUUGCAGCAAUUGCAAUUCCUUCAUGGUCAAAGUUGUUCAGAUCUUAUCUCCAUGAGCUAGAGGGUCAGCUGAUAGGAAAUUCUUUGGCAACCAGGCGCUGCAGUUGUCUAGCUGGCACACUGGAGCAUAGAGAAUGUGAGGUGGGUGAGAGAAUUUGGUGCCUUUAUACAUUUCAUGUCUGUUCUGGAACAGGAAGAUCCAAUAUUGCAUGAUUAUGCUGCUCAUUCAAUUGAGAGGAUGAACUUUUCCUAGUCGAUUAAUGUAGUUGUGUGUAAAUAUACAGCAGGUAUUGAGAAUUCCAGUUAUAUUUGACAUGAACAAUGUUGCCUAAUCUUAUGUCGUAUGCAUUUAUGCAUGAGUUGAUGAUUCUUAAA